CUCUUGAAAAAAUGAAAGCGAAAGAGUUUCUUAUAAUUCUCCUUAGAACUCCAGUUCUGACGGGCGAAAAGAGCCGUUUACGAAAGAUUUCUGGCUUUUCACUAUCUAGCUGUGUCUCCAUGAACAGUGAGUGCCAUGGAUCCACUUCUUACAUUAACAGAGGGAGACUUCUCAUCUGGACACAAUGUAACCCAGGUAAAUAGACCAGACUCACCAUUACCCAGCUAUGUCUCCAUGAAUAGUGAUCCGUCUAUGGAUGUUUUUCUUACAUUCAAAGAUGGCGAGCCCUCACCUGGACACAGUGUAACCCAGGUAAAGAGACCAGACUCACCAUUACGCAGCUAUUUCCCCAUGAAGAGUGAUGCGUCUAUGGAUGUUUUUCUUACAUUUGAAGAUGGAGAGCCCUCACCUGGUAACAGUUUCCUGCAGAUGGAUGGGACCAGAAAGGUCCAGAAGAUUAUCACAGAUCCAGGGUGUGAACCUUCAUCUGCUGGAACUGAUGUUCAGGGAAACUACAAAUUAAAUCUGAUGAAGAAGUUUUAUCAUGUAAAUGAUGUGAUAACAAACCAAGGAAACCAAACACUUCUUAACGAAAUCUACACAGAGCUCUACAUCACAGAAGGAAAAAGUGGAAAAGUCAAUAAUGAACAUGAGGUGAGACAGAUCGAGGCAGCAUCCAGGAGAGCAGCAACAGAGGAAACACCAAUCAAAUGCAAUGACAUCUUUAAACCUUUAUCUGAAGAAGACAAACCCAUCAGGAGCGUUCUGACAAAGGGAGUCGCUGGCAUUGGAAAAACAGUCUCUGUGCAGAAAUUCAUUCUAGACUGGGCUGAAGGGAAAACAAAUCAGGAUGUUUAUCUCAUAUUUCCACUUCCUUUCAGAGAGCUCAAUCUGAUGAAGGACCAAAAACUGAGUCUGAUGAAGCUUCUUCAUUUCUUUAAGGAGAUAAAAGAAACAAACUUUUCCAGUCUGCACAAAGUUCUGUUCAUUUUUGAUGGUUUGGAUGAGUGUCGUUUCCCUCUGGAUUUCCAGAACACAGUGAGAGUGUGUGAUGUAACUGAAUCAGCAUCAGUGAAUGUGCUGCUGAUAAACCUGAUCAAAGGGAAUCUGCUUCCCUCUGCUCUCAUCUGGAUCACCUCCCGACCUGCAGCAGCUGAUCAAAUCCCCUCUGAGUGGUUUAAUCGAGUCACAGAGGCACGAGGGUUCAAUGACCUACAGAAGGAGGAAUAUUUCAGGAAGAGGAUCAGAGAUCAGAGUCUGAGCAACAGAAUCAUCACACACCUGAAGUCAUUAAGAAGCCUCUACAUCAUGUGCCACAUCCCAGUCUUCUGCUGGAUUACAGCCACUGUUCUAGAGAGAAUGUUGGGUGAAGCAGAGAGUGGAGAGAUCCCCAAGACUCUGACUCAAAUGUACACACACUUCCUCAUCAUUCAGACAAACAUCAUCAAGAAAAAGUACACAUCGAGCAGAGAGGCAGAUAAAGAAAUGGUUCUGAAACUGGGUAAACUGGCUUUCAGGCAGCUGAUGAAAGGAAACCUGAUCUUCUAUGAGGAAGACCUGAGAGAGUGUGGCAUUGGUGUGACUGAAGCAUCAGUGUACUCAGGUGUGUGUACACAGAUCUUCAGAGAGGAAUUUGGACUUCACCAGAGUAAAGUGUACUGCUUUGUUCAUCUGAGCAUUCAGGAGCACCUCGCAGCUCUGUAUGUACACCUGAAAUUGAUGAUUGAAAAGAAAAAUGUUUUUAAAAAGACAACAACCAACAUACUGAGGCCAAAAUUUACAAUCUCAGAUGUACACAAGAGUGCUGUAGAUCAGGCUUUAGAGAGUAAAAAUGGACAUCUUGACCUUUUUCUUCGCUUUCUUCUGGGUCUCUCACUGGAGUCCAAUCAGUCCCUCUUACAAACCAUAGUGAGACUCAGAAGAAGUAGCUCCAACCAUAACCAGGAAACAGUUCAUUACAUCAAGGAGAAGAUCAGAGAGAAUCCCUCAACAGAGAAAUCCAUCAAUCUGCUCCACUGUCUGAAUGAACUGGGAGAUCAUUCUCUAGUUGAGGAAAUCCAACACUACCUGAAGUCUAGAAAUUUACAACAAAACAAACUUUCUCCAUCUCAGUGGUCAGCUGUGGUGUUUAUGUUACUGACCUCAGUGCAGGAACACAAUGUGUUUGUCCUGAAUAAAUAUAUUAACAAUCACUGUACAUCAGACAAGGUUCUUCUGAAGCUCCUGCCUGUGGUUGCAGCAUCCAGAAAAGCUGAGUUUAAUAAUUGUGGCCUAAAUGAGGAAGGUUUUGCAGCUUUGGUCUCAGUGCUCAGCUCUGAAUCCUCCAAUCUGAGAGAACUGGAUCUGUCUAGGAAUAAAAUCAGAGACUCAGGAGUGAAGUGUCUCUCUGCUGUACUGGAGAAUCCUGACUGUAAACUGGAGACACUGGGGUUGUCUGGUUGUGAAAUCUCAGAUGAAGGCUGUGAUGCUCUGACUUCAGCUCUGAGAUCAAACCCCUCACACCUGAGAGAACUGGAUCUGUCUGUGAAUAAACUCAGAGACUCAGGAGUGAAGUGUCUCUCUGCUGUAUUGAAGAAUCCUCACUGUAACCUGGAGACACUGAGGUUGUGUAAUUGUAAAAUCUCAGUUGAAGGCUGUAUUGAUCUGGCUUCAGCUCUGAGAUCAAACCCCUCACACCUGAGAGAACUGGAUCUGUCUGUGAAUAAACUCAGAGAUUUAGGAGUGAAGUGUCUCUCUGCUGUACUGAAGAAUCCUCACUGUAAACUGGAGACACUGAGGUUGUAUAGUUGUGAAAUCUCAGGUGAAGUCUGUGCUGCUCUGACUUCAGCUCUGAUAUCAAACCCCUCACACCUGAGAGAACUGGAUCUGUCUUGGAAUAAACUCAGAGACUCAGGAGUAAUGUGUCUUUCUGAUCUACUGGAGAAUUCUUACUGUAAACUGGAGACACUGAGGUUGCGUGGUUGUGAAAUCUCAGGUGAAGGCUAUGCUGCUCUGACUUCAGCUCAGUUAUCAAACCCCUUACACCUGAGAAACCUGGAUCUGUCUGGGAAUAAACUCAGAGACUCAAAAGAAUCAGCUCUUCAGUCUUAAGCUACAGAACCUGAGUAUGUGAAGAAUUUUCACCUGAACCACUCUGGCUGUUUUCCCCUGAUCUCCCUCAUCAACAAGGAGUUUCCACACACACAACUGUGUCUCAUUCAGUUUGUGUGUAAAAUCUAGAGACUGUUGUGUGUGAAAAUCCCAGGAGAUUAGCAGUUUCUGAAAAACUCCAAGCAGCUCAUCUGCAAAAAUCAGACUUUUUCUUCAUUCUGAUGUUUGAUGUAAACAAUAACUCAAGCUCUUGACCUGCAUCUGUAUGAUUUUACACAUUGUGCUGCUGCCAUCUGAUUAGCUGAAUAUAAGCAGGUGUACUGAACAAUGUGAGUGUAAUAUACUGAGUACAGUGGGUGGAUGUCCAAGAACUUUCUGUAAGUUAUUUAUUUAUUUAGUUGUUUGUUUGUUUGUUUAUUUAUUUAUUUAUUUAUUUAUUUACAAAGUACAAAAUAUUAACACUACUCUGCUCUAACUCUUCAAAUCCAACAGGUUAUUUUUAAUUCAUUAUAAAAUAUACAUUUUUAAUUGGUAGAUGCUCAAACCCCAUGUAGUUUAGGGUUAGGGUUACAGUGAGCUGUUCUAUAGAAUAAAAUGUACUGUAGAAUUUCUAAAUCAUAAAAAUCUGUCAGUUUCAACAGAGCCAGGAUGCUAUUUUAAAGCAUUAUAAAAUGGACAUUUUAAAUUAGUAAAUGAUUAAACCCACUCAGCUGAUCGCCAUGAGCUACAAUAUGCUGAAAAAAGUUAUUCUUUUGACAUUAAAUUUAAAAGAUCUAUUAACUGAAUUAAGUUAAGACAAGAUUAAUCUAAUAUAAAAUGCUCACUUCUAAUGGUGAUCUAUUUUGCUCUAAUAGAGGAUUCACAGUGUUGCAGUGGGUAGCAUUGGUACUUUACAGCACCAGGUUUCUGGGUUUGAUCCUGUGCUUGGUUUAAGAGUUUCACAUGCUCAUGUGGGUUUCCUUUGGGUUCCUUUAAACUUGAAAUUGAAAUGUGUUAACCUUCUAGAAAAAAAUAAAAAAUUAUACAAUUAAAAAAUUUAAUUAAUACAAUUUUAUUCAGCUCUGAACUGAUAUAAGUGGGUUUGAUCAUCUACCAAUUUGAAAUGUCCAUUUUAUAAUACAGUAAAUUAACCACCUGAAACAAUUAUACUGACUGAUCCAGUGGCUUAUAAUUGCAAUUGCUUUAAAAUUCUGUAGAAAAGUCAAUCAUCUGUACUGUAAGUAUAGAGUAGAUUAUUCAUGGGUGUAGAUCUGGUUUAGACAUUUUGGGGUCGAAGUGUGAAUCGGUAUGAUUUCCCAUAUUUUAUCUAAUUCAAUUAAAAAACAAAGUAAACUGAAUGAAGAAACUGUUUUUGUUAUAUCUGUUUAUCUCUGUUUAUCGUUGUUUAUUGCUAAUUUGCUGUAUUGAUUGUUAUGGUUAUACUGCAGUGAAUUAGCUAGCUAGCUACAAUAUGUGUGGAGUGUUGUUAGCUAGAUUACACCAUAUUAUCCUAACUCCUCCUGAGUACAUUUCUACUGAGUAUAUUUUACUCUCCCACUGUGUCCAGCGAUGCAAAAUAGUGUACUGAACAGCUUUUCUCUUCCUCUUUAAAGCUAGCUGUGAUCUGCUCCCACAGUCACAUGGUUCAUGCAACAUGCUGCGAGGAGACAGUUGCAAGAUACCAACUAGUGUGGGGCGGGGGGAUGGGGGGGUUUGGCUUUUGGCAUUCUUACAUCUUAUUUAUUGUGACAACUCGAAAUCGAUUAGUAACAUCAAUAAUGUUACAAAAUAAAUUACUUCUACAGUCAUACACGUCUUAAUAUUUCAUAGCGUUGCUCUUUAAACCUCAUAGU